AUAGUUUCUUAAAAAAAAAAAAAAAUUGAAAAAAAAAGUGCUCAGAGUCAGGGACGCGUGAAACUUCUAAAAAAAAAAGAGACGCUUAAGAGAAGAGAGAGUGUGAGGAAGAGAGAAAGUAGAAACCCUAAGUCUGAAGCGACGUCGACGACUCGACGGACCGACUGCGGACGGUCGACCAGAGAUUCACGCCGACAAUGACCUAAAACUCUGAAGUCUCGAACAGAAACAGGAAGCGAACUCGAAGCGACGGCUGAACUCUGAAGCGAAGCUGAACCGUCGACCCCACCGCCGACUCGCCGACUCGCCGGCCUCCCGCGACUCCCGAGACGCCCAUUACAUUUUUCGGUCAGUUUGUGACGAUAUUUGGUCACUUAAAAUCUUGGACAUUCGACAUACUUCCUCGCGUAUCUAUUGUAUCUGUUACUCGAUUGUCUUUUUGUAUGAUGAAAGAGAUCCGAGUAGGCCGCCCUUCUGUUUCCUCGACUGCCGUAUCUGGAGAAGCUCAGGAUGAGCUAUCAGACUCGACAAGUGAGGAGAUGUUAUCUUCCCCACGUGUUCAGUUCACCCCUGAAAUUGAGAAGACGUAUGUUCAUCAGGUUUAUGAUGCAAUUGCUCCUCACUUUAGUUCAACCAGAUUUGCUAAAUGGCCAAAGGUUGCAUUAUUCUUAGAGUCCUUGCCUCGUGGAUCUCUUGUCCUGGACGCAGGAUGUGGAAAUGGGAAAUACCUUGGGCUGAAUCCCGACUGCUUUUUCGUAGGAUGUGAUAUAAGUUCCCCUUUAGUUAGUAUAUGUGCAGAAAGAGGGCAUGAAGCCUUGGUUGCUGAUGCUGUAAAUUUGCCUUAUAAAAGUGGUUUUGGUGAUGCAGCAAUCUCUAUUGCUGUUUUACAUCACCUGAGUACUCAAAGUAGAAGAAGAAAAGCUGUUGAAGAGCUGGUGCGAGUUGUAAGGAAGGGCGGUUUAGUGUUGAUAACUGUCUGGGCUGUGGAGCAAGAGGACCAAGGUUUGCUAAGUAAAUGGACCCCAUUGUCCCAUAAGUACCUAGAUGAGUGGAUCGGGCCUGGUAGUCCUCGUGUACGUAGCCCUCGGUCAUUAAAUCUGGAAAGCAUUCCUGAAAGUGAGGAAAACGGUUCUCGAGAGUCGUGCAAAGUCUCCAGUCAGUCCCUUGGUUCAAAGCUGGCUAGAACUUUGAAGAUGAACGACCAAGGAAAAGAUACUUCAAUGACCUCCAUUAAUGAUAGACGUAAAGAAAACCAGGAGUACUUUGUUCCAUGGCACUUGCCGUAUCAUCGUGCUGAAGUUAGUGGUGCUUCUGCUUGUGCUGUUGCAAAUGGUCUGGCAAAAAAAGAUGACAAGAAGGGUGCUGUGGUGUAUAACAGAUAUUACCAUGUAUUUAGCGAGGGUGAACUUGAAAGUUUAGUAUCUGGGAUGAGCAAUACUAUAAUCGUGGAUCGCUUUUUUGAUAAAUCAAAUUGGUGUAUUAUCCUUGAAAAAACACAAUGAUAAAAUGAGUCACCAAAUAUGACAAAUCAUUUAUUGCUUUGGCAAUAUGACAACCAGUACAACUUCAUUGUUCUUUCAACAUUGCGCGAGAAAAUCCGUGGUGGUAUCGUGAAGUGGCCACUGGCCAGCACAUAUCACUCGUAAAGGCUGAUUGAAUUGCUCAUCGUUGUAUUUGUAUCAUCUGUUUCAGAUGCAGAGCGAAGUGUAGCAUUAGUGUUUCUGAAUUUGUAUUCUAUUUGAGUCAACGUGACCGAAAUUCGUUGAAUUAUAUGCCGAUAAUUGCUUUUAGCCUUUGACAA